AUGGAGCCCUGCAUCGCCAACCUCCCCCUGUCCCCGGACCGGCUGUCCUCCUUCCCCCGACACAGAUCCGUCUCUCCUCACUACCCGGGCCUCCACGGUCCUCACUUCCCUCUCAUGGCCAGGUGUAACAGCAGCACCCUGCUCACUAACCUUGGGCUGAGGUACUGCUCCAGCAGGCAGGGCCCUCUGGGGGCGGGGCUGGGUCUGGGGGCGGCCCCGGGAUCCUGCAGCCACGCAGGAAGCAAUGGCAACAGGCCAUACAGGAGUAUGGAGAAUCUGAACUGGAACAAUAUGGCAGAUUCAGGCCUUUGUCCGUUCAGUGCUGCCCCCUACAGGAACAUGGACAGUGAGUUUAUUUUGCGCUAUACAUCUACCAGCCACUGGUAUGACGGGCCCCCAGACAGAUCUGUGAUGGGGGCUCAUGGACUGUUACCUCACCCGGAGAGCCUGGCAUUUAACCCUCGACAUGGGCUACCCAGGAAGGACCUGCCACUCUUCCCCCAGUUGCUUUUUCCAGGUGGCGUUGACGAAUGGGAUGCCAGAAAAGGCCUGAGGGAGAAACUCCGCCUUCAGAGUGCGAGGUCAGCAGUCGAGUCACUGAAGCCCCUCCCACUGCGGCCUCAGAUGACCCCAAGUGCUACAUCCAUCGAAAAAGAGGGUGGGCAUCACGUGAAUUCAACAGUUGCUGGUUCCGGGCCGCUGUGCACGAUGCGCAUCACCAACCCUGAGGAGAUCAAGCAGGAGGUCCUGAGGCGCCUGCAGCUGCGGCGUCAGAACAGCAGCCCUAACCUCACUCUCCACAGCUCCCCGGCUACCCCCAAAGUGGUUAAAACAUCCUGCACAACCGACAACAUCAUGGGUAACAGGAACGGAUCGGAUUCUGCGUCUGAGUGCCGCAGGCCUCCUGUGGGACGUCUACAUAUCCCCACAUUCGAAGAGUUCAAGAGGAUGAGGCAGAGGGACGGAGAGCAGAGCAAAGAGUCCACAGCCGGUUCUGUGGUGUCUGGAAAACCUUGGGCCGACCUUCAGGAUGUAGCAGAAUCAAAUUGUGAGAAAGCUCCGUCUGAUCGGACUGUCCCUCAGUCAGGUUCUCCUAGAGACCCUGAGGAGGUGGAUGGAGAUAAGAGCACAGGUGAAAGGAUGGACAACAGUGAUGAAGACCUGCAGACCAUCACCCCGUCAGAGAACCUUUCCUCUGACACUGUGAACAGUAACGGCACUGCAGACCCCACCUCGUUCUUGGCCUUUGUUACCAGCACUUAUUCACCCAUCUGCACAGGCCCGUCUCCCCGUUCACCCCUACCUCCCCUUGCCAGCUCAGCCCAGGAGAAGGCCCUCACUGCAGGAGGAGAAGAUGGGAGCAGCAGGCGAAGGAGGAGCAGUCUGGAACCAGCUGGGUCGGCUCCUUUCCCACACGGCAGAGAGAACUGGGGCCGACCCUCCAGCUGCUGCCCGGCGCUACUUCUGGAGGGGACGGACCUGUCCAGCUACGGAGCCAAGAUCUACAAGAUGAAGGAUGGACUCAUUGGCUCAGCACUGGACCUAAUCAAGAAGAGCUGCAGUGCAGAGAUUUCCGCCGAGACCCCCGUCAGGCUGUCAGGUGACCGGCACGGAGGCUGUGACAUCACCGCCCCCUCGACCGAUUGUCAGCCCUCCGCCGUUGCCAUGGCAACGUCGGCAACGGCCUGCGGAGCCGAGGCUGGCGACGAGACGCCUGCAGGAGGAGGAGAGGCAGCAGGAGAAUGCCAGACCGGUCUGGGCUGCAGGCGCUCCAGCUCGGACGCGGCCUAUGAGCUGGCUGGGACGGUGAGGGCGCAGCGCGAGUGUCGUCUCCGGCCCCACUACAGCGACCCCAUGCCGGCCGACGCUUCUAAGCGCAAACAGCUGGAGAUGAAGAUCGCUGCUGCUGCCCGCCUCCACGGCCACCGCCGGGACCGUGACAGAGACAGUGCAGCCAUUCGGGGCCACUCAGAGCCCCCUGGCGAGGAGCGUCAGGUGGGUCUGGGUGUGACCCGAUCGGGGCAGCACCGCUGGAGCACCAUCAGUAGUCUGAGCGCCGACAGCGGUGUGGUGGGUCUCAGCGACGAGCGGGAGGAGGAGGACAGAGAGCCCCGCCGGUACCGCAGAACCCGGGGAGCUGAGGUUGAGCGGGUGGACAGCGGCAUCGGUCCGGGGCUGUCCCGGACCUGGAAGAGACCGUCUGCCUCGCUCAGAGCCUGGGAGGCCCAGAGACCGUGUCCGGACUGCGGCCUGAGGGACGGGGCGUCCAAGGAGCGAGGGGAGCGCAUGUGCGAACGUUGCUCCAAGCUGCGCACGGAGCGCAAGGAAGCCAUCCUGGAGUUCCUGAACACGGAGUCCAGCUACGGCGAGGACCUGCGGAUCAUCAAGGAGGAAUUCUACUGCCCCAUGCAGAGCGCCGGGCUGCUGACGGCCGAGCAGCUCACCGUGGUGUUCGGUAACGUCCAGGAGCUGAUCGACGUCAACGACCGCUUCACCGAACACCUGCAGGACAGCAUCGACCAGGCCUUUGACCAGGGAGACGAGGAUCUGCUGACCGUGUACAUAGGAGAGAUCUUCCUGGAGUUCGUCAACAUGCUUCCCGCCUUCCAAACCUACUGCCUGCAGCAGUCCACCUCGGUCAACCUGCUCAACACGCUGGAGAAGGAGAAGGAGCUACUCAGAAUCUUUUUGGAUGUCUCCCAGAAUGACAAUACAGCACUGCGUCGUAUGAACCUGCGCUCUUUUCUCAUGGCGCCCCUCCAGCGCGUGACCAAAUACCCACUCCUGUUGAGCCGCAUCAUUAAGGUCACGCCCGAAUGUCACCCCGACUAUGCACGUCUCCGUGAGGCCAAGAGUCGGGUGGAGUCCCAUCUGGAGCACAUCAACAUGAAGACUAAGCAGGAGGGCAAUGGCGUCACAUGGUCCCUCCGGUCAUUCCGACGAGACAGCCGCAAGAACCGGGAGGUGAUCAACAUCGAGAUGCGGGAGAUGUCGAUGAAGACGGUGGGCUGGGCCCGAGAAAACACCCGCUUCGUCAUGGAGGGGCCGCUCCAGCUCUCCCAGCCGGCGGAUGGUCAGUGGGUGAGGAAGGGAAGCAAGGCCCUCAAGUUCCAGAAUGUUCAGAGUCUGCUGAUGGUGAGGACACAGCGGGUGGGUGAGGCCCCAGGACCAGGCCCCGACCUCGGGGCAUGGGGAGAUCAGGUUGAGGGCGGCGGAGACAGCAUUCGAGACGGAGUGCUGGUUCUCAUCAAGGACAAAAGCAGCGGGAAGUUCGCGGUGCUGAGAGAGCCCAUCCGUCUGGGGAACUGCGUGGUGUCGGCGGAUCCCGACUCCGAGGACACAUUCGAGGUGCUUGACAUCCGACGGGAGUCGUUUGUUUUCCGUGCCUCAGACAAAUCUUGCACCCAGCAGUGGUUCCAUCAGAUUAAGAGGUACACUCGAGACUUGGGCACCUGGAGGAAAAGACGCAACGCUUUGCCCAACAUCAUGAUCAACACAAACCAGACGCGCUCCUGAGACCAAGCAUUGCCACGGCUUUCAUUUUUCUUACACUGUAAAUAACCUGGAAUCCUUCAACCGCUAAAUCAGCCAUCAACAAGAUACACACAUGAGAUUUCAGUAAAAAAAAAAACAUUUCAGGAGGAUAGAGACGGAUAUAGCACUUUUUUUUCUUUACAACGCUUUAAGUGCACCAUGCUGUCAUGUAGUCUGAGGUUUUGGAUUUAAAGCCGUGACGUAAAAAGAAAUCUAAUUCUCGGACAACCAAAAAAACUUGGGCUGUGCUCUUCAGCCUUGAUUGUUAAGACUGUUUUGCUCUCGGAGAAAAAGAGCCAUGAUUUCAGAAAAAUGAGGUGUGCCUGUUGAACGGCAUGACUGAACAUGACUGACUGCAAAAAAGAAAUGUCAUUUUUUUAUACGAGACAGUUCGGGGUGGGGAAAAACACGUUUAUGGCGUGGUGGACACAUGCUACAUGAGCAUUAAUCUGUGGUUUUCCGUUUGUUGUACUGACCUCUCCUCGUCUGUGUGCCGCCACCUACUAUACGUCGGCGGUAGAGCAACUUUCACUGCCAGAGAUGCAGUUGAGCAGAGCUUCUUCUAACGCACUGAGCGGACCUCCUGUAUCACUGUGUCCAAAAAAGAGAACUCAAACGACAGCAAUAAUAUCUGCCACUUUCAAAACAAGUAGCUACUGUGAUUGUGUUUUAUUUUUACCCAGGAUUUUAUGUUUGGCAUCAGGUGAUGAUGCUGCUUCGCUGUGUUGGAUCCAACCCAAGUCUCAAAUCUGUUCGUCGGCACCUUUACAGCUUCCCCUCUGAGGAACUCUCAUUGGAAUUAGGAUCAUCUUAGUGCCGUGAAAGCAGCUUGGGAGAAGUUUAGUCUCCUUCGUGUUGACAUCUCAUCAAAUAAGUCAAACGCUAUAGUUUCCCUCACUGUGGGUUCAGUGCCGAGUUUUUCAACCUUGGGUUUUGGGGCAGAUUAAAAGAUAUUUAUUAGUCUGGUCCAACACAAAAUUGCCAAAAACUAAUCUUCUCAUUUUUGUAUGAUCCACCAACAAGAGUUGUUACCUCCAACAAGGAAGUUAUUUUUUUUUUGUGCAUUUUGUGUUAGGCAAAAUCUACUCAACCGAUUUCCAUGAAAUUGUGUGGAUCUGUGGCCACAGUGACCCAGGUAAGAACCCAUUAAAUAUUGGUGCAAAUCCCCCAAAAUGUUUUUACUUUCCUCACCAGUGCGAGAAGGGGUUUCUGGGUUGAUUUCCCAAGGAAUAUUUCAUGGAUCUUGAUGAAAUAAUAACAUCCAAAUAAAAACCCGGAUCUUGUGAUGGUGGAUCCUGAUGAUCAUGGUU